GGGCUCAGUGCAACAUAUGGUCACGAGACACGAGCCAGAAUGCAGUUCCAGAAGCGAGUUAAUUGAUGGCCCAGGCCAGCCAGUAGCUCAUCCUCGUCGAAGUUCCCCUCUGCCCACCUCCCUGGCUGGUGUGCUGUUGAGCGUGAAAGUCACAAAUUACAAAAAAAAAAAGAAGAGAGAGGAAGAUCACAUGCCAUGAUAGCGCCAAUUUGGCAAGCUAUGACGCGUGCCAGAGCAGUGCAGCGCAAAGAGUGAAUGAAAGGUCGAAGAAGAACAAAGUGUAGGCGUGCGCAAGGGAGCGAAAGAGCGAGGGAGAGCGUUCGUAUUUCUAACCCCUAACUGGCACCGACAGCGACGUCGACGUCGACAGAGAGUAGCCGCCCCUGCCGACGAUCCUUGGGAUAUGGUAAUGGCUUUGAGGAUCCUGCCAGAGGGGCAAGGGGUCAUUUGCGGGCCAUUUACACAAACUUGGUCAACGCAGCGGUAAAAAUAUUUGUAAAGCCAUCCCGUCCCAUCCCUUUCGGUGGUUGCCCGAUCGGAGGGCUCGUGCUGUUCAGUGCAGCAGCAGCAGCAGUCGCGCGGCAGUUGCGGUGGAACUUUCGAGCCGUGCAGAACCCCGAGUCAUGAGCUACUACUACUCGUCCGAGGAGGACAACAGCAGCUCCCAGUACUUGGGCAGCCCUAACUACAACCUGACGCCGAUGGCAUGCUCCACGCAGGAGUACAGCCAUACCGCCUACCUCUCUCCCGACUGGCAGUUUCUGGAUGUAGCAGGCGGAGCUAGCCUGGAGCUGCCCCAGGCCACCCACUCCGUUGACCUUGAGAUGCGCACAGGGGCGGGCAUGGACCAGCUCAAGAGGCGCAAGAGCGAGGGCUCCAGGAGAUCAGAGGGCGAGUGCCAAGCAGCCGGCCAAGAGACGGUCGUUCUCAGUCCCACGGUGCAAAAGCGACGACGCCAGGCGGCCAAUGCCCGGGAAAGAAAGCGCAUGAAUGGCCUAAACGAGGCCUUCGACCGCUUGCGGGAAGUGGUCCCAGCCCCGUCCAUUGAUCAGAAGCUGUCCAAGUUCGAGACCCUCCAGAUGGCCCAAUCCUACAUUCUGGCCCUGUGCGACCUCCUCAACAACGGCGACGUGGAUGUGGAUGCGGCCGCCUACAGCCUAUUUGGGAGCGGAAAUGGAAGCGACAGCGAAUCCAGCUUCCACUUGAGCCACGGUUAAGCUAUACUCGAUCUUAGAUUUAAGCUUUUGUGAUUCUUCUCUAACUCUAAAUUUAGUAUAAAUAAAGAAAAAUGAAACCAGUGA